AUGGCGGGAGGCGGGAAAAGAACAACACAAGAUACGCAACAGAAUAGUGACAAAGUAAAGGAAGAUGUCAAGAAGAGACGGUCAGAUCAGUCUGAUGUACCCACAAGCUUACGACAGGAGGUGGAAUUCUUGUAUAAGCUUACCAUGCCAGAAGAUUUCUAUACGUUCUGGACGUUUUGCACAGAGAUUGACCCAAAGACACCCUCUGAUGUUCUGAAGGACACCCUUGGUCUUCAGCUCGUAGGCCCAUAUGAUAUUCUUUCUGGUAAACACACCUCAUCUAAGAAAAAUUCUGAUGUGAAUUAUAAUCUGCACUGGAGGUUUUUUUAUGAUCCCCCAGAAUUUCAGACCAUUAUUGCUGGAGACAGCAGGACACAAUUUCACAUGGGAUACUACAGAGAUUCUCCAGAGGAGAUGCCGGCUUUUGUUGGCACUAAUGAAGCCAUUAAAGGGUGCCUCAUCACUCCAGCUGGAGAUAAUGUGUUCUCUUCUGUCAAGCUAUUUGCAACAAAGAAGUUAAAAGACAUUUCUGAUAAGAAAACCGUUGCCGCAAUAAAAGCAUUGAUACAGAAACUUACAGCAGCAGCAGAUAAAUUGGGUUACUCUUUGGAGCAGAAAUCAAAUUCCAUGAAACGGAGAGAGAAGAAAGCGGUGACCAAGUCAUUCCAUGGUGCUGGUCUGGUGGUCCCUGUAGAUAAGAAUAAUGUUGGAUACAGGGAACUUCCUGAAACAGACGGAAAUCUUAAGAAAAUUUGCAAAGCCAUUGUGGAAGCGCCUACUGAUGAUGUGAGAAUGAAAGCCUUUGCUCCUAUUCAGGAAAUGAUCACUUUUGUUCAGUUUGCAAAUGAUGAGUGCGAUUACGGUAUGGGUUACGAGCUGGGGAUUGACCUCUUCUGUUAUGGAUCACAUUACUUUCAUAAAGUAGCCAGACAACUCUUACCCCUGGCUUACAAACUCCUGAAGAGGGAUCUAUUUGCAGAAAUAAUUGAAUCUCACCUGGCAAAUCGGAGGAAAGAGCAUGUUAACCUGCUUGAUGCAUGA